AUGAGUGUUGGACGUCGAAGAAUAAAGUUGUUGGGUAUCCUGAUGAUGGCAAAUGUCUUCAUUUAUUUGAUUGUGGAAGUCUCCAGAAGCAGUAACCAAGAAAAAAAUGGAAAGGGGGAAGUAAUCAUACCCAAAGAAAAGUUCUGGAAGAUAUCCAACCCUCCCACCGCGUACUGGAACCGAGAACAAGAAAAGCUGAACCGGAGGUACAAUCCCAUCCUGAGCAUGCUGGCCAACCAGACCGGGGACGCGUCCGGGCUCUCCAACAUAAGCCAUCUGAACUUCUGCGAACCCGACCUGAGGGUCACCUCGGUCAUCUCGGGCUUCAACGAUCUGCCGGACCGGUUUAAAGACUUCCUGCUGUAUCUGAGAUGUCGCAACUACUCGCUGCUCAUCGAUCAGCCGGAUAAGUGUGCGAAGAAACCCUUCCUGCUGCUGGCGAUCAAGUCCCUCACCCCCCAUUUCGCCAGGAGGCAAGCGAUCCGGGAAUCGUGGGGCCGAGAGACCAGCGCGGGGAACCGGACGGUGGUGCGGGUCUUCUUGCUGGGCCAGACGCCCCCGGAGGACAACCACCCCGACCUGUCCGACAUGCUGAAGUUUGAGAGCGAGAAGCACCAGGACAUUCUCAUGUGGAACUACAGAGACACGUUCUUCAACCUGUCCCUGAAGGAGGUGCUCUUCCUGCGCUGGGUGAGCACGUCCUGCCCCGGCGCUGAGUUCGUGUUCAAGGGCGACGACGACGUCUUUGUGAACACCCACCAUAUCCUGAAUUACUUGAAUAGCUUGUCCAAGAGCAAAGCCAAAGACCUGUUCAUAGGGGACGUGAUCCACAACGCGGGGCCCCACCGGGACAAGAAGCUGAAGUACUACAUCCCGGAGGUGGUCUACGCCGGCGUGUACCCGCCUUACGCCGGGGGAGGCGGGUUCCUGUACUCCGGCCGCCUGGCGCGGAGGCUGUACAAUGUCACCGACCAGGUCCUCCUGUACCCCAUCGACGACGUCUACACUGGGAUGUGCCUUCAGAAGCUGGGCCUCGUUCCAGAGAAGCACAAAGGCUUCAAGACAUUCGACAUCGAAGAGAAAAAGAGGAAUAACAUUUGCUCCUAUCUCGAUCUGAUGUUAGUCCAUAGCAGAAAACCUCAAGAGAUGAUUGAUAUUUGGUCUCGGUUGCAAAACGCUCAUUUAAAUUGCUGA